CGCCGCCCGAAGAUGGCCGCCGCGGCGGGGGACGUGUGCGGCACCGUGACGGGGGUCCGAGCCGGGGCCGGGGCCGGGGCCGCGGCGGAGGCGCGGUUCAUUAGCAGUGCCAAGGGAAAAGGCUUGUUCGCCACCAAGAACAUCCGCAAAGGGGAAACCGUCUUUGUGGAGAGGCCGGUGGUGUCUUCCCAGUUCCUCUGGAACGCUCUGUACAACUAUCGAGCCUGUGAUCACUGCCUGCGGGCUUUGGAGACGGCAGAGGAAAAUGCCCAGCGGCUGCUGGGGAAGAGCUCCCUGGUACUGCCUCACCCGGAGCAGUGCAGCAUCCGGAAAGACCUGCACCAGCAGUGUCCCCAGUGCCAGGUGACGUACUGCAGCGCUGAAUGCAGGCAGGCUGCUUUGGAGCAGUACCACCAGGUCCUCUGCCUUGGCCCAUCCCGUGACGACCCCACGCACCCCCUCAACAAGCUGCAGGAGGCAUGGAGAAACAUGCAUUAUCCACCGGAGACUUCCAGCAUCAUGUUGAUGGCCCGGAUGGUCGCCACUGUCAAACAGGCUAAAGACAAGGAGUGGUGGAUCAAGGCCUUCUCCCAGUUCUGCAGUAAGACAGCAAACGAAGAAGAGGAGAUUGUGCACAAGCUGCUGGGAGACAAAUUUAAGGGCCAGCUGGAGCUGCUGCGGUUGCUCUUCACUGAAGCCCUUUAUGACGAACAUCUCAGCAGGUGGUUCACUCCAGAAGGCUUUCGAUCCCUCUUUGCCCUCGUUGGGACCAAUGGCCAAGGCAUAGGAACAAGCUCUCUGAGCCAGUGGGUGCACGCUUGUGAUGCACUGGAUCUCCCCAUGCUGCAGCGAGAGGAGCUGGAUGCCUUCAUCGACCAGCUCUACAAGGACAUCGAGAAGGAGUCAGGAGAGUUCCUCAACUGCGAGGGAUCGGGUCUCUACGUGCUCCAGAGCUGCUGUAACCACAGCUGCAUCCCCAAUGCUGAGACAUCCUUCCCGGAAAACAACUUCCUCCUGCAUCUGACGGCUCUGGAGGACAUCGAAGCAGGAGAGGAAAUCUGCAUCAGUUAUUUAGACUGCUGUCAGAGGGAGCGGAGCAGACACAGCCGCAACAAGAUACUCAGGGAGAACUACUUGUUUACCUGCUCGUGUCCCAAGUGCCUAGCGCAAGCCGAUGAUGCCGACGUGACGUCAGAUGAAGAGGAGGAGGGCGAAGGGGAGACGGAUGAUGCUGAGCUGGAGGAUGAGAUGACUGACGUUUGAUCCUGGCCCUGGGCGAGAGGAGAGGGAAGGGACAGGGGGGUCCUCCGAGGGGCAGCAGCUUUAAUACUAGAAACAGGGUUGUGUUGUGGGGUCGGGUGGGAGGCCACGUGCCGGUGGUGGGUGCGGAGGUCUGGCGGAGUGGGGCAGCGGGGGAGCCGGAGGCAGGCCCUGCUCCCGCCUGUCCUUGUUGUGCGCUGUGUGUGUGUGUGCGUGUGUCAGGCCGUCCCCGUCCUCCCUGUGAGGACAGGCUGCGAGCCGGUGGUCCCCUCCUGCGUCCCGGUCCCUGGAGGGGCUGGCUGGUGCUUGCAGGGGAGGCUGGAGGAGAGCGGGGUCCAGCCAGCCCCUGGGACAUCACGAUGGUCACCUUGUGGCCACCUGCGAGGCUGCUCCGCCGUGUCUGUGCCGGCCGUGGAUGCGGAGGAGCAUGUCCUUUCCUACCCCGCAGGGACGAGGGGAACGUACGUGUGUGCGUGUGUGUAAGUGUGUUUGUGCACGAGGGGUACUAUUUAAUGUCUAUAUUAGCACUAUCUACACACUAAGGAGCCGGGGUCCUUAUAUAUGCUCCAUUCAAUGCCUUGGCUCGGUGAGCAGCAAGGGGCAAAAUGAUUUUGCAGGUGGGACAGAGACACUUCAGAGGGUGGCUCAGAUGCCCGAGUCCAGUGGGGAGAGUGGGGCCGACCCUGGCAGGCACCUCCCUUCCACCUCAGCCCCAUCCUUUACAUGAUGCAAAGCCCUGUGCAGCGAUUGCUGGGCUUUUUGGGGAGGGGGAACAGCCAAGCUGCUGCUAGCCCAGAGCCGACAUGGGCUACGGUGUUGCGUAAGCGUAGUCACCAUCCAAAACCCAAAAGACGUUUUGGGUUUUGCAGAAAACAAGCCGUUCCGCCACGCUGUCCGGCUGUGGGCUGCUUUGGGAGGAGGACGCGCCCAAGCGGGAGCCGCCAUGCCCGGGGACAUGCUUCCUUGCUCCGAGUGGCCCCGCAUGGAGAUGUCACCGGCAGCCAAGCGUC